CAUAAAACCCUCGAUCUCCCUCCCUCCUCCCCGUCUUUCAUUCUCCCUUCACUCCCACCACCGCCGCCGUCGUCACUCUCCGCCGAUUCCCUCCUUCUGUACGCCGUCGUGAAUGGGAAAACAUUCAUCGGCAAACCACCCCCCGCGAUUUUCCAUAUCCACCGAUUAGUAACAAGAAUACAAAGAGGAAGAAGAAGAAAAAAAAAAAAAACAUAAGCCCCAAAACAAACGUACAAAUCCUAGAAGAAAGGGGAAAAAAAAACCCAGAGAAUUUCAGAUCGAGCUAGCCGCCCCCAAACCAAUGGCGCCGCCGGAUGUGAGUGCCAAUUUCGACACCGAGUCACAGUCCCACCCUCCGCCGCCGCCGCCGCACCACGUCUCCUCCUCCGUUUUCAUGGACGCCAAUCGCAACGUCACCCUCAAGUUCGAGGACGUGGUUUACAAGGUGAAACUACCAAAUCCCGGAUUCUCAAAAUGCCACAAAUCGUCGUCGUCGCCGGAAUCGGAUUCGGAAGUCGAGAAGGUGAUCCUAAAAGGCGUCACGGGAAUCGUCCACCCGGGCGAGAUGCUAGCAAUGCUGGGACCCUCGGGGAGCGGCAAAACGACGCUCCUCACCGCGUUGGGAGGCAAACUCGGCGGCGGAGGAGAAGGGAAACUCGACGGAGCCAUAACCUACAACGGGAAGCCUUUCUCCAGCCGGAUGAGACGGUCGAUAGGGUUCGUGACGCAAGAUGACGUCCUCUACCCUCACUUAACGGUGACGGAGACCCUCGUCUACACGGCGCUCCUCCGCCUCCCCAACUCGCUGACGAGGCGCGAAAAAGUCGGGCAGGCGGAGGCGGUGAUCGGGCAGCUCGGGCUGGACAAGUGCAAGGACGGGAUCAUCGGCGGGGAGGACCUCCGGGGCGUCUCCGGCGGGGAGAGGAAGAGGGUGAGCAUAGGGCAGGAGAUGCUGGUGAACCCUAGCCUGUUGUUCCUCGACGAGCCGACGUCCGGGCUGGACUCGACGACGGCGCAGAGGAUCGUGUCGACGGUGUGGGAGGUGGCGAGGGGCGGAGGGAGGACGGUGGUGAUGACGAUCCACCAGCCGUCGAGCAGGCUGUUCUACAUGUUUGAUAAGGUGAUGUUGUUGUCGGAAGGUUGGCCGUUGUAUUUUGGGCGAGGCGGGGACGUGAUGGAGUAUUUUGAGAAGGCUGGGUAUGUCCCUCGGGUGCCCAUGAAUCCGUCAGAUUUCCUCUUGGACCUCGCCAACGGAGUGUCGUCGGGGGAGAACGAGGGCCAGGAAGACCCGGUCAAAGUCAAGGAGGCAUUGGUUUCGGCCUACAAGGCUAAUCUGGCCGAGAAGUUGAAAUCGGAGCUGCAGGUUCAUCAGGAAACAGGUGGGGCCGCCGGCGGCGGCGGGGAGAUUGUUCAGGAGAGGGACAGAACAACGUCUCGCGGCGGGAAGAAGCAGCAGUAUUCUGGGUGGCCGACGACUUGGUGGCAGCAGUUCACGAUCUUGAUCUCCAGGGGACUGAAAGAGAGGAAGUACGAGUCUUUCUCCGGGCUCAAGAUUUUUCAGGUGCUCGCCGUCGCCAUCCUCUGCGGCCUACUCUGGUGGCAGUCCAGUGCUGCCAAUCUGCAGGAUCAGAUUGGGUUGCUCUUCUUCUACUCGGGCUUCUGGGGAUUCUACCCGUUGUUCGAGGCCAUCUUCACUUUCCCACAAGAACGGCGGAUGCUAAUGAAGGAACGUUCAUCGGGGAUGUACAAGCUCUCUUCCUACUUCAUGUCAAGAAUCGUCGGCGACCUUCCCAUGUCGUUGGUGUUACCGACCGUCUUCGUCAUCAUAACGUACUUCAUGGUGGGCUUCAAGCCCACCCCGGCCCACUUCUUCCACACCCUAGCCGUGCUCCUCUACAGCGUCCUGGUGGCCUCGGGCCUGGGCCUUGCCAUCGGGGCCCUGGUAAUGGACCAGAAGAACGCCACCAUCAUGGGCUCGAUCAUCAUGCUCGCCUUCCUGCUCGCCAGCGGCUACUACGUGCAGCACGUGCCGCCGUUCAUCGCGUGGAUCAAGUACAUCUCCAUCGGUCAGCACACCUACAAGCUCCUCCUCGGGUCUCAGUUCGCCGACGACGACGUGUACCCUUGCGGCGACGGGAAGAUGUGUCUGGUUGGGGAUUAUCCGGCGAUAAAGAGUGUCGGGCUCGACGGGCAGGCGGUUUCGGCGGUGGCGCUGCUGGUGAUGAUUGUUGGGUACCGGCUUGUUGCGUAUCUUGCUCUAAUGAGGAUUGGGGAAGUGAAGAAGUAGUAGUUAAGAUGUGUUCUGUAGGAGAAUGGAAAUGACAUUGUGUAACUUGGGUUUAUGACUUAUGUACUUGAGGUUUUCAUUUUGGUGGCUUCUUUUUUCAUGUUUUGUGUGUGGUGACUUUUUUCUUGUUGUAGUGAGUGAACGUUUUCUACCGGCUAAGAAGGAGGCGCCAUGUAUUUUUUAUAGAAGUAGACUAGAAG